GGGUAUAUGUGUAUCGAUUCCAGAGGAAAGCGGACUGGGACUAGGUGGUCUUCCAAUCGACGGAGGACAGUCGGACCAUUAUAUCCGGAACACCACUACAGUCGAUCGGGGAAGUAGGAAUUUAGAUAACGUAAUCGACACGUUGGAGUGGACAGGUGUGACUUCUGAAAUACCAGACACAAGUAGCACUUCCCGUAGUAACUUACACGUGGGGGACUGUCCAUACAUAAUAUAACUUUAUUUAAAAGAUUAAAACCACUCAGUGGAUUACAAACGAAACUUUAACUUGUAGAUUGUAGUAAAUGUUUGGAACGUGUCUGUGAUCAACGCCGGAAUCAUUCGUGUCUAGUUCAUGUUGGAAGAAUAAUUCGGGAUUUCCAAGUUAAAGCGACAACUUGGUACUGUGAUCGAGUAUCAAUACAGCAGCAACCCACAGCUGCGUGGAGACAGCUUUCCUGUCAUUCCUGACUGAUAAUACUACAAUAAGCGAACGUUACUUGGAUGGUCCAUCAUCAACAUGGACCAACCUGCUGGCGAGUCGACACGAGACGGUGACGUCUCAAACAAGCCUGACAUCAACACGCCUUCAGACAGUACUACUGGGAUGGCUAGCGAUGGACCCUCGACGGAGGAGCUCCAGAAACGACGUCGGGAGAGGAAACCAUUUUUCUACUGUCGUAUUGUCACGAACCACCCAUUCAAGAGUUUCUUUGUGACGCUUGGUAUACAGAUUGGCAUUGUGUUGAUAACUGGAAUCCUGUUCCUCAGUGGGUACAACUUGUUCCCGACCAGCUUUGAUACACUUCCUAUGGAGGUGUACUCGGUUCCCUACAGACUCCGAGACUACGCAAACCGCGACAAAGACGGGUACAGUGAUUCCUUUUCAAGAACACUUUCCAACACUGGCUAUCCAUCGUGGGAGCGAGGACUGAGGCACGCUUUGUCAUCACUUGAUCUUUACUACAAUGGACAAGGAAGAAAUGUUUUUACCCGGGAGACACUCCAACUGAUGCAGCAGGUGGAAAAUGACUUGGUAACUGCCUCUGGAUACUCGUCCACUUGGUGCCAGACAAACUCAUCCACCAUGGAGUGUGUCAAUGUCGUGUCAAUCCUCCGAUACUUUGACGGCACAUAUUCAAGCAUCAGCGCCACGUUCAAUGAUCCAACAUUCAGUAACAUCCCCGCGGUAUUGUAUGAGGCAUACACCAAUACACAAACCAAAUCAGACUUCGAGUUCUUUCUUCCCAAGUCAUUCGUUAUCACGCCUACCAAAGCGGAAGGAACGAUGACACGCUCUAUUCUUCCAAUAGGCUGUUCAAUCAGCGGCACAUACUUGUGUAAAAAUAUGAAGGACCUUGUGGGAGACUUUCUACAAGGUCCUAUGAAAGAGAAGCUGGAGAACUGGAGGGAUAAACUCACGUCUUUGGAUUUUUGGUACUACUGCUUUGUUCUCUGGAACAAAGACGUGAUUUCACAGGCCAUGACAGAUAUGAUGCUUGCCUUAGGUAGCAUGGUUUUUAUCUUCUCAUUCAUGACCUAUCACACAAAGUCAUUCUGGAUCGCCGGCUUUGCCGUCAUUAGUAUCAUAACAAGUUUCUUAGGAGGAAAUUUGAUAUACAGAAUUAUUUUUGAUUUUCAAUAUUUCGGCUUUUUCCAUAUUCUAGCAAUUUUCAUUGCACUUGGCAUCGGAGCAGACGAUUUGUUCGUGUUCUAUGAUGCAUGGCGGCUGACAUCUUUUCACUCUUAUCCUACUCUAGCCCACAGACUGUCGGAUGCCUUUAACAAAUCCGCUCAGAGCAUGGCAAUUACCUCCCUCACUACAAUAGUAGCAUUUCUAUGUAGCGCCCUCUCACCUCUCCUCGCCACCAAAUCUUUUGGGGUGUUCGCUGCCAUCAUCAUCCUUUUUAAUUACAUGUCCGUCAUUAUCUUCUUCCCGUGUGUUGUCACUGUAUAUCAUUUAAAGUUUGAGAAAUUCAAGUGGCCAUGCUUUCGUUGCUGUCGCAAGAAUCAAGCCGACAGUAGUGAAAAAGACAAAUACAACAACAACUCCGUGAAGCCAAUGCAGAAUAUAUUCGUCUUAUCUGAUGGAAAAACUGACAUUACAACAAAACAUGGCGAUACUUUAAUUGAGGAUAUUGAAGAUCCUGCAUCGAUACGGAAUGGACAAGCGUCUAAUGGGCAUGCACCUAAUGGGCACCUUUCAAACGGACAAGUAGAUAAAGGGAUAAGCAAUGAUCACGUGGCUAAUGGGAAAAGCAAUGGUCAUGUGGUUAAUGGGAUAGGCAAUGGUCAUGUAACUAAUGGCAUAGGCAAUGGUCAUGUGGCUAAUGGAGUGCCUAAUGGAAAAGUCAGUGAUGAUAAGACUACAGGCACGACUACACCCAAUGACAGACAAACAGGGGAAAAGGACAAGAGUAAACAGAAAAAGUUGGUUGUGUUUUUCCGAGACUACUAUUUCCGGUUCAUCACGCACAGGAUUGCUCGAUGGUGUCUACUUCCGGUGUUUGCUGUUGUGGUUGCCACGUUUGCCUACCAGGCUUCCAAACUGGAACCCGAUAACGAAAACAUGCAAGUAUGGAAGGACUCCCAUUUCUAUAGCAAGGCGAUAGAUGCUGAGCAGUACGAUUUCCAUGUAAGUGCGGACGAGAACCUGGUCACAGUAAACAUUCUCUGGGGACUGAAAAAUAAAGACCGGACCGACUGUCACUUUUCCGACAUCACCUGUAGGGGAACCACUGUCUACGACGAUACCUUCGAUCCAAACCCAGUCGCUAAUCAGCAGGCCCUCAUGGAUUUCUGUAGUAACCUGUAUAGCAUGUCUGCCAGCCAAAUAUCGGAAUACGAGAUCAAGACGGAUUCCAGCGGUAAUCCCGAGAUCGCUUGCUUCACCCGGGAUCUCGGAACAUUCUUAUCGAACGCGUCGACGACCUUGUCCAUUGACCUGGCUCUCCCUUGGGACUACACCAAGGUGUCCAAUCUGAUGACCGCGGAGUCCACUCAUUACGACGUCUCGCAGUUCAAUACCAACUUCCCUAAUAUAUUAGAGAUAGCGAUACAGUACUGGAUGUAUAAUCGAUACGCAAAGACGUUCACUUCUGACUACUCCACAUACAACGACAUGUUUGGGGAACAGAAGGGGUCGUGGUCCCAGCAGCUCGUGUCUGACACAUCUAUCUACUACGGUAAUAAACUCAAGUAUAUGAUGGUGUCUAUCAACACGACCAUCAACAGGUUUACUACGGGCUACACCGAGGGUAUUCCGAAGGUGGAGAAGUGGGAAAACUUUGUACAGUCAGAGAUCAGUAAAAUGCCCACAGGCUUGAAAGGAGGUUUCCAGCUGACUCGGAAUAUUUGGCACUGGUUGUACGUACAAAAGGAGAUGGAGAAGAACGCUGUGACGGGUAUAGCAGUCGGUGUGUCACUGGCCUUCCCCAUCCUAUGUCUCUCCACCAUGAACAUCAUAGUGGGUGGCUUUGCCACGCUGUCAAUAUGCUGUACGACCAUCUGCGUCAUCGGGGUCAUCCCAUCAGCCGGGUGGAAGCUCGGGCUCCUUACAUCAUUGAACAUGACAAUGCUCGUGGGAUUAGCGGUGGAUUAUGUUGUGCACUUGGCGGAGGGAUAUAGAAACUCGCUGCAUAAGGACCGCCUCAACAGAACACGUGACAUGUUGGAAGAAAUGGCCACGUCGGUGUUUUCUGGGGCGUGCACAACUCUCGGGGCUGCACUUUUCAUGUUUUUGGCGCAAAUAACAUUUUUUAUGCAGUUCGGUAUAUUUUUAUUCUGCACGAUUGGAUUCUCCCUAUUCUUUUCUCUGGGACUUUUCUCAGUUUUAAUGGGACUGAUAGGACCUCAAAACGACAUCGGUUCUCUUCAACCAAUUUUUAAUUUCAUAAAAGAAAAACUUAAAAAGUGUCCAUGUUUGAAGAAAAAAUCAAAAGUAACGAAUAUUGAGAACGGAGGUCCUUGAACAUAGCCAACUGUUGAUCGCAUUGUGUCUUUCCUAGAGAUUUAUUUUUAUACGAUAUUGGUGUACAGAUACACUCCCGUAGUAUGUACUGAUUCCUCUAUAUUUACACGGAAAUCUUUGAAAAGUAUUUUAUUAUAUUCAGGUGUGAAUUAAAACACACAACUCGGAAGUAGAAAUAAUAUAUGUAUCAAAGUGGUAUAUAAACACGUAACUCUGAAGUGGAAUAGACAUGUACACAGACGGAUCCAUGUAGGAUUUUAAACAGUAUGGAUGUUUAGCUAUUCAAUACAAUAGUAUCCAUGUGUAGGAGUGGUACAGCAGUAUCAUCACUCCCCGACAGUGGUACCCGCCGGUGUGCCCUUAUUUUUGUUACAUUAGGUACCUGAUGUUUGUUAUUAAGAUGGUACGUUGUUUUGUUGACAUAAUUAUGCAAAUAUUUUGUUCAUACACAUUUUGUUAAUUAUUUUCUCAUUGCAUAUUAUUUAAAACAUUGUACUUAAACUACCAUGUCAUAUGAAACUUAAUACAAUAUUUUACAUCAUGA